AUGCGCUCGCUACGAAGAUGGUUCUAUCCUCUUCUUGUUGUUGUUGGAAAUGGAGUCGUAGAUGGAGCCGUGGUGCCAGCGCCGCCUGGUAUCACGGCUGCACCACGAUUGCAAGGGAGACAAGGUAUUGAUGCUAUCGAGUUCGUCAACAUUCUCAUCACCGCCCUUCCCCAAUCACUCCGCCAAGUCGCUGCUACAAACGUACCCGCUGUAUCAAGUAUACUCUGGACCGAGUUCCUGGACGGUAAUCGACCACAAUGGUUUCGUGAGUUGCCGGUCGAGGUGCAGAGUUAUCUUAUUGAUGUGUUUGGGCCUGUGACGGCGGCACCGCCGGAGAGUGGGAGUGUGCCAACCAGUGUACCGGCUUCUGUGACGAGGACGGAGCAGAGUGUAGUUACGGAGACGGACGGGUGGGUGACGAAGACGACUGCGACGGCGUUUCCAUCGUCCAUGUUGGAGAGCGGGAGUGGGACAAGUACGGUUACAAUGUCGAGCCAGCCUACGAUUCGACCAUCCUCAUCUUCGUCAGAGCGGUCCUCCUCAUCGACUUCGACUUCGACCUCGUCUACCUCUAGUUCAACCUUCUCCUCCUCAUCAAUACCAACAAUCUCGACUCCAUCUUCCUCCUCCGCAACCCCAACCCCAACCAGCACACGCUCCGAGCCCCCCGCACCACCACCCACCCCCUCGGGCCUCACCUCUCGCCAAAAACUUGCUCUAGGCCUCGCCCUCCCCCUAGGUCUCCUCUCCCUCUCCAUCCUCCUCCUAUCUUUCUUCCUCCUCCGGCGCCACCGCAAAAGAACCCUCGAAGGAAGCCAACCCCCCUCCUCCCCCGGCUUCAUCCCGCGCUUCUCCUUCCAACAAGGUCCUUCAGACAGCGCCACCUUACCACUAACCCAUCAUUACACGCGGGGCACCGAAGAAUACCCCUGGGACGACCCGUCAGACCUGUACGACAAUUACCCUGAAACUCCCGCAAUGGUUGGGAGGGAAGAUGCACAUACGCCGAUGGUGACGCCGGCGCUGUGUCAUAGCCAUUCAUCGAACCGGGCAAGAGGGAGAAGAAUCAGCGGGUCAAGUUUGCGUUCUGUGGCUGAGAUGAGGGAGCCUGGGGAGGUCGACGUGGAAUCGCCCGUGUUGGGGCGGUACGCGCAUCGGAAACGGAGUUUUGGUGGUGGAAAUAGAGACGUGGGGAGGAGGAACAGCAGUAUACUCCGGAAACCGGUUCCUACUCCCAGUCCAAUGGAAGAGGUGCCAGUGAAUGAUGCGAGCGAUACAUCGGUUCAUCGCCCGACACUGGCGGUUCCGAACGCGGCGGGGCAGUAUAGCGGGACAGGAAGUAGUUCUUCGGGACUUGCGGUGUCGAGCUUUUCUUCGAUGUCGUUGGAUGCGUAUUUGGAGGAUUAUGGGCCGGAGUAUUAUUACACGGGUGGAGGG